UAUGUUUUAUCUGCAGACUCUUCUGGACUCUGGGGGGAAAAAAAAGGAAAAAUCGCCUCCGCUUUAGACUUCUACUGCCAGCACUGGGGACUCAAGAGGUUUUCUCAGAGCUAGAAAUUAACCUUCUUUCUUUAUGUGGCUCCUGAAAAAAACGACUGACGUCCACAAAGCAAUGAAAUGGCUCAAAAGCCAGAGCUGUGCAGAACUCCCUCCAGCAAGCUAACAAGGGGUGCCGGGGAGAAGGUGCAGGGAAAGCAGGAACAAGGUCGCCAAACCUGCCACCUGAGGACAGAACUACAGUUCCCACCACGCAGCGAGGCAGGAGGAAGAAGGAGCCCUAAGAGCCGAAGGGGGAAACAGGAGAGAAAGCAAACCUCAGCUGCUCGCAGAGGAGAGAGUGAGAGGUCUGACCACCCAGACGGGACCAUGCAGUUCUCCGGCUCAGCCAGGGCAGCAGAUGAGAACUUCGACUAUUUGUUCAAGAUCAUCCUCAUCGGGGAUUCCAACGUGGGGAAGACGUGUGUGGUGCAGCACUUCCGAUCCGGGGUCUUCACAGAGACCCAGCAGAACACCAUCGGGGUGGACUUCACUGUGCGCUCCCUCAACAUCGAUGGCAAGAAAGUGAAGAUGCAGGUGUGGGACACAGCAGGCCAGGAGCGCUUCCGGACCAUCACCCAGAGCUACUACCGCAGUGCACACGCGGCCAUCAUCGCCUACGACCUCACCCGGCGGUCCACCUUCGAGUCUGUUCCCCACUGGAUUCACGAGAUAGAAAAAUACGGCGCGGCGAACCUGGUCAUCAUGCUGAUCGGGAACAAAUCUGACUUGUGGGAAAAAAGGCACGUUCUGUUUGAGGAUGCCUGCACCCUGGCCGAGAAAUACGGUCUCCUUGCUGUUUUGGAGACGUCUGCCAAGGAGUCCAAGAACAUAGACGAAGUCUUCUUGCUGAUGGCCAGGGAGCUGAUGGCCCGCAACAGCCUGCACCUGUACGGGGGGAGCGCCCUCAGCAGCCUCCCACUGGACUCCAGCCCGGUGCUUAUGGCCCAGGCCCCCAGUGAAAAGACCCACUGCACUUGCUGAAUGUGGCAAGGCCUGUGACACCCCCCAGGGGCCAUCUCUGAAACCAAAGUCGCCUGAUAGCCUAGUCCACUGAAUAGCUUUAUCAGCAAAGUGUAGACUCGCCGUGCUGAAUCCUCCCUGCUGUGUCGGUAGCUUGUCCGCCUCAGGUCACACCAGAGGCCACAACCGCUGACUCUGAGGACAGAGAUUUUUCUUCACUUUGCCUAGCGAAAUCAGGACUCAAGCCUGGGCAGGAGGACAAGGUUUGCCCUUUUUCAUCGUCCCCUCUUCUGUCUCCCCACUGCUUCAGCCUUUUCUACUCGUUUGUCUUGAAGGAGGUAGUGAAGGAAAGAAGAAAAGAGAAAAAUCGAGAGAGAGAAGAGGAUGUUUGGAAUGGCUCAGGGCUGGGAGCAGGGGGAAAGCUUGCAAUGCUGUGAUCUUUAUCUUCCUGACAGUCACACCUCCGGUCUUUAGCUUGGGGGGCAAAGCCUUUUGACAUAAAGACCAUAAAUACCGUCUUGCCAUAUGGUCGGGAGCCAUGUGAUGGAGAGAGAAUUGGCCCUCACUUUUUCCCACUUGGACUUGACCGCCGUCUAGGAGGUGGGAGAGGCCACCAAUCUCUAAAACACCCAAUUAUCUGCUGGAUCAGCAGUCAUUUCUGAGUUAAAAUUAAAUUGACUCAGAUGAAAAUCAAACCAGUGUUGACCUUGCUGUGUCACCCCGGGUGCCCAUAAAGCUUCUGGAAACUUAAUAAAUCUUGUUUUUUCAAAGUUCCCUGAUAGGGCCUCCCUGGUGGUGCAAGGGGUUAAGCACCGCACUAGGAAGCAAUCUGCAGCCUCUGCAGCACAGGUUCAAUCCCCAGCUUUCCAGGGAGCAACUAGAGGUGCAGCAGACCUCUGCUGACUCUCCUGCUGCUCCCCUCAGCAGUGUAUUUCAAUCUGCCUGUUCUGUUCCCCGCUCUGUCUCUGGUGAAUCCUCUCACCCCCACCCCCCAGCAUCUCUGGCCUGUACCCCAGCUCUUGUAUGCAUAAAUAAAUAAAUCUUUAAAAAAAAAAAUUCCCUAGUCAUAGUUGCUGAGGUGUGUCCUCUAUCAUGUAAGGACCAGAAGGCCUGGUCCAGCCACACAUUGGCUCUGAAAGGGGCGAUAUCUUGGUGGGGAGGGUCACCUCUGGCCUCUGGCCCAGGUGACAGCUCCCUGGCCUCUCUAGCCCAUAGUAUCACUGAGACUGGCAGCUAACAAAUGGCCACCAACCACUUGGACUGCUUGAAAUGUGGCUAAUUCAAAUUUGAGAGGAGCUCUAGGUGUAAGAUACACUUCAGGUUUUCAACACAGUACAAAAAAAAGAAUGUCACGGAUCUUACUAACCAUUUUUAUGUUGAUUAUGUUUAAGUAAUAUUUUACAUAUACUAGGUUAAAUAAAAUAUAUUACUAAAAUUUCACCUGUUUCUUUUUACUUUUUUAAUACCUUUCAUUUUCUCCCCACACCCAUCAUGCCCUGAAGUCAAGGCCAGCAGCUGGGGCUCUCCCCAGGUUCUUCCACAGUGAGUUUCUGGGGGGAGGAGGGUGAAGCUGGCAUUUCAGUUGACGCCGAGGACAUUUUGCUUUGGAUCCUUUUUUCCUG